CCUCAGUGCAGCAGCAGCUUCACCGGAAACUGGAUUCUUCAUCCUCCAAUCAGGUUUCAGUCUCUUCUUUCUGUUUCCGGCGUCCGUUGGCAGAAGAAACAAGUCCAUCUCCAAACAUUCCUGGGAGCUUUUGAACAUUCCGUUGAAUAAUGAAGAGGCAGGACACUGAGGAUCAGGUGGUGGACAACAGUGGAGAGUCCAGUGCAGAGGGCACAUCAGAGACUCCAGCUACUCCUGAAGGCACCGAGAGCCCAAAGGAACAGAACACGCUGACGAAUAGCUCUCCAGCUGUUAACUCCGAAACAGACGAAACCUCUGGAUCUCAGGCUACCUCCUGUGAUGUAGCUGAGGAGCUUAGCAGACAGCUAGAGGACAUCCUCAGCACGUACUGUCAGGCAGAUGGCAGCGAAGACUCGGCCGUACCUAACGGCCAACCUGAUGGCGCUGAGGUCAACGGGCUGGUAGACAGAGAGGACAGCAAGUCAGAGGACGCCAGUCUGAACAGCAACAGCGGUGCGGAGAAGGACCAGAAGAAGCCGCAGGAGAAAAAGAAGGUUAAAGGGCUGGGUAAGGAAAUAACGCUGCUUAUGCAGACGCUGAAUACGCUGAGCACUCCCGAAGAAAAACUUGCUGGUCUGUGCAAGAAGUAUGCUGAGCUGCUUGAAGAGCACCGCAACUCUCAGAAGCAGAUGCGAGCUCUGCAGAAGAAGCAGGCCCAGCUGAUCCAGGAAAAGGACCACCUUAGGAACGAGCACAGCAAAGCCAUUCUGGCCCGCAGCAAGCUGGAGAGCCUGUGCCGUGAACUGCAGAGACACAACCGCACACUGAAGGAGGACGGAGUGCAGCGUGCUCGGCAGGAGGAGGAGAAGAGGAAGGAAGUGACCUCACACUUUCAAUUAACGUUGAACGACAUCCAGGCGCAGAUGGAGCAGCACAAUGAGCGCAACGCCAGCUUACGGCAGGAGAACAUGGAGCUGGCAGAGAAGCUCAAGAAGCUCAUUGAGCAGUAUGAGCUUCGGGAGGAACACAUAGAUAAAGUUUUCAAGCACAAAGAUCUGCAGCAGCAGCUGGUCGACGCGAAGCUCCACCAGGCCCAGGCACUGCUCAAAGACUCAGAGGAUCGCCACCAGAAGGAGAAAGAGUUUCUGCUGAAAGAAGCUGUAGAGUCACAGAGGAUGUAUGAACUUAUGAAACAACAAGAAGUUCAUCUGAAACAGCAGUUGUCAUUAUACACAGAGAAGUUUGAAGAGUUUCAGAACACACUCUCCAAAAGCAACGAGGUGUUCACAACCUUCAAGCAAGAGAUGGAGAAGAUGACAAAGAAGAUUAAGAAGCUGGAGAAGGAGACGACCAUGUACAGGUCCCGAUGGGAGAGCAGUAAUAAAGCCCUGCUAGAGAUGGCUGAGGAGAAAACCCUUCGAGAUAAGGAACUCGAGAGCUUGCAGGUGAAGGUGCAGAGGUUGGAGAAGCUGUGUCGUGCCCUGCAGAUCGAACGCAACGAGCUGAGCAAGAAGGUUCAGGACCUCAGUAACCCAGCGGACGGCCGGGGCUCGGAGACGGAGACGGAGACCAAAUCAUCACAACCAGCCACAGACUCAGCUGAGUGUAGCCCCGCCCACACAAAUGAGCCAGAGCCAGAGACUCCGCCCACCGCCCACUCUCAGGCGUGUCACUGCAGUCCCGUCCCAGGGGCCGAGUCGCAGAGGGAGGAGUGUUCAGCCCAGGACUGAGGUAAUGGUGCUGUCGCCUGGUUUGAACCACUCACAAUCUCCCCAGCAGCCCUCAGUCUCUGAGCUGUUUCAGCAUUUUUGGGUCUUUCCAUUCUGUCAGGGAAGAUUGUGCCUUUGAGAUGCUGUGUGUUCACUUUUUUCCCCCUUUAUUCGUCUUUUACCAUCACUAUGAAAAUUUCCUGUUUGUGAGAAAUCCCAUGCUAAGAGGCACUGAGCACCACUGCUGCUUUGGAAUGCUAACCCUGGAGUGCUCUCAUCCUCUUUAUAGUUAUAUUUAAGUGUUAGCCUCGAGUCCUGUCCACUCGGCUGAAAAAACGAAGAAUUUAGACAGAUGGUAAACUAUAAACUGUAAACCAGGUAAACUGCUUGAGCACACCAUAUUAUUGCUUAUGAAAUUAACAGCAACUGUAGUGCAGCAAAAUAUUAAUUCAUCACAUAUAGCGUCAGGCUUGUCUUUUUUCUUUUUUUAAUUUAUAGACACAUUUUAAGGGUUUGCACACUCUAGCCAAUGUUUUUUGUAUGUGAUUGAUCAUGUAAUCAAUAUUUUCUGUUUCACAAUCGUCUGACACUGAUCACUGCUCACUGCUCUUGACUUCGGCUUUGAAAUGUGCAGUCAGUGAAUGUCACGUUGAAUUCCAUGCCAUCAAAUCAGAUCUUUAGGAACCAGAUUCCUCGCUUAGCUGCUGCAUUGCUUUCAGAUUUAUUUAAACUUAUUUUUUUCCCCUCAUGAUUAUAAUGAGUACACAUAAUCUAAUGUGUUCAUGUAGUCCAUUCCAAACCCUAUAUACUGAUUUUUUUUGUUUGUUUUUUUGAUGCAUUUCACUUUUGCUUUUCUUCCACUCUACAGAUCUUUGCCUUUCAAAACGCCAAAUUUGAAAUUUACCGUUUUACAUUUUAUUUUCUCCACCAUCUGAUAAUUUGGCAAGUUUUAACAACUGCUUCUAUAAGAUCGUUCCAGAGGAGAGCAUGCACUUGAACGAGGCCGUGAACACUGAGUAACACAUUUACUACAUUAUUCUGUCUCGUACAUUUUAAUCAUACUUCCUCAUAGUGGACCAUUAUUUUCACAGUUUCUUAUGUUGUUGCUCUUACACUGUCUCUCAGUAUGAUUGUAUACGGCAACUUGGCAUAAUACAUUGAUAUACCAGAUCCAGACUGGUGUGUGACCCGGUUAAAUAAAGAGAUUCUAAAAUGGUAAAACUCUAUGCAAUCCUAGUGCCGUUCAUCUUAUCUAUGUAAUAAAUCAAGUGUUAUCAUGCUAGCAAAGGAAUGUACGUUAUUAUAAUCUCAUCAUGGCUUCAGAGUCAUGGCAUUCACACUGGCAGCUGCACGUGUGAAGUCGUGUCUAGAAUAAAAUUUUUAGUUGACAAUGUUA